GCCGCCGCCGCCGGGGUGCAGAGCUUCCAGCUCCAGCGGGAAGGAGGCCGCGGCCUGGGCCGAGCCUGGAGCCGCCGCAAGCCGGAGCCUCCUGGAGCCCCCGCGCCGGCUGCACCUGGGGGCGGGCUCAGGCCCGGCCCGCCGCCGAGCCCCGGACCGAGGCCGCAUGCCCGAGGACCAGGCUGGCACAGCCAUGGAGGAGGCAUCUCCCUAUUCCUUACUUGAUAUCUGCUUGAAUUUCCUGACUACACAUCUUGAGAAGUUCUGUUCAGCAAGACAAGAUGGAACAUUGUGUUUGCAAGAACCUGGAGUAUUCCCACAGGAAGUGGCUGAUCGACUGCUUCAGACCAUGGCCUUUCAUGGUAAAAAAAUACUUGUGGUCACUGGGAUGAGAAACCACCCUAUGAAUUUACCAGUGCAACUUGCUGCAAGCGCCUGUGUAUUUAAUUUAACCAAGCAGGAUCUUGCUGUAGGAAUGCCUGUCCGACUCCUGGCUGAUGUGACCCAUUUGCUGCUGAAAGCUAUGGAACAUUUUCCUAAUCACCAGCAGUUGCAGAAGAAUUGCCUCCUUUCACUUUGCAGUGACCGGAUCCUUCAAGAUGUUCCAUUUAACAGGUUUGAAGCAGCUAAGCUUGUCAUGCAGUGGCUCUGCAACCAUGAGGAUCAAAACAUGCAAAGGAUGGCAGUUGCUAUCAUUUCCAUUCUGGCUGCCAAGCUUUCUACAGAACAAACUGCACAGCUUGGUGCUGAGCUCUUCAUUGUGAGGCAACUUCUUCAAAUAGUGAAGCAGAAAACCAAUCAAAAUUCGGUGGAUACUACUUUGAAAUUUACUUUGAGUGCACUUUGGAACCUCACAGAUGAAUCUCCAACCACUUGCAGACACUUUAUUGAAAACCAAGGGUUAGAACUCUUCAUGAGGGUUCUAGAGUCUUUUCCAACUGAGUCAUCCAUUCAACAGAAAGUCCUAGGACUUUUGAACAAUAUAGCUGAAGUACAAGAAUUGCAUUCUGAAUUGAUGUGGAAGGAUUUUAUAGACCACAUCAGCAGUCUCCUACAUAGUGUGGAAGUGGAAGUCAGUUACUUUGCAGCAGGAAUUAUUGCCCAUUUAAUAUCUAGAGGUGAACAAGCUUGGACAUUGAGCCGUAGCCAGAGGAAUUCUCUGCUGGAUGAUCUGCAUUCAGCUAUUUUGAAAUGGCCAACUCCAGAGUGUGAGAUGGUAGCAUACAGGUCCUUUAAUCCAUUUUUCCCAUUACUUGGCUGUUUCACAACACCAGGAGUCCAGCUAUGGGCAGUUUGGGCCAUGCAACAUGUCUGCAGCAAGAAUCCCUCAAGGUAUUGCAGCAUGUUGAUUGAAGAAGGAGGAUUGCAGCAUUUAUACAACAUCAAAGAACAUGAACAGACUGAUCCCCAUGUCCAGCAGAUUGCUGUGGCCAUUCUGGACACUUUAGAAAAACACAUUGUACGCCAUGGGAGACCACCUCCCUGUAAAAAGCAGCCCCAGGCCAGACUAAAUUGAUAGCCAUAGGCAAUUGGAUAAUUGAAUCACAGGAAUCCUUUUUGUCAUAGGUUCAUUAGGAUAUCUUCUGUGAUGUUUUGGGGUUUCCAUAACAAGAGGCUUAGAUCAGUUUGGGAUUGAUGAUGUACAGUACUGCCCAUGUGAACAGUCUCUAAUUUGUUUUGUGAUUUUUAACUUAUGAGGUAAGAAGGGUCUCUUCCUUCAUCAUUGCUUUUUAGAAAAAUUUCUACAUCUUUCAGUGUUUGAACUUACCUGUGCUUGAAAUUCUACAGUUUUAUGACAAAGUUUGCACGAACCCUUAGGCCAGACUUUUCUGACCUUAAAGACCCUUCUAAUCAGUUUGCAGCUUCAGAUAAGCUGUAAACCUGAUUUCUGAAACCGCUUCAGUUGUAAAUUUUAUAAUGCUCUGUAUAAAAUGUCUUUAUUCUCUGUCUGUGUACCUUUUAUCAGAUGCCCUCCUUAGUGUGAAAGAAUGGAAAUCUGAACCCUCUCCUUGGGAAAGCUACUCACUGGCUGGAGCUUGGAUAGCUGGAAGAAAAAUAUAUUAAAAAGAAAAACUAUUAAGGGAUAACAGAGUUUAGGAACUGGGAAAAGGUCUGGUCUUAUGGUAUAGUUUUUAAAGUGGAGCAGGCUAUGCUUCUGGAGUCCACAUCUCCUGGGGCAAUGAGCAGUAGCUUCUUCAUAAUUAUUCCUGGAAGCAUGGACUUCUGCUUCCUACACAAAUUCUCUAGAAAUAAUCCUCAGACAUCACAGUGUAAAAUGUUACAGAUUAACUCUCUGAAUCGAUAGGUCACAUCGUUGUGAAAAUGUGAAUUUUUAAAAUGUCUUGUUAAAACUGACCAUUCUUGUCCCUCUAUUUCAAAGUAAUUUUGUUCAGUGGAAUAGAGAGACUACACAUGAUGUUACCUGCUCAGUUAAAAUACAAGUUUAACAACAGUAAAUUUUGCCACAAGAAGUUAAAUUUCUUUUGUUUCAAAAUACAUGUAUCUUAAUGUUUUUAUGUUGGAGAAAGAUGUCCACAUUGUACUGCCAAAAUGAACAAGUAGAAUUAGACUGUUGUUAAAUAUAGUGAUUCUAGGUGCAGUGCAUAAGAGAAAAUACUUUUUGAUUGAUUAUUUUUUUAUAUGAUUGCCUUUCCUUUAAGAUACCUGUUAUAGUAUGGUAAAGAAUCAGUUAUCAUUAUAUCAAUAACAGCAGUUGGGAGGCAGCAAGUCACCAAAAACUUAAUUCCCAUUUAAAAUUUUACUUUGUGAUUAAAGUUAAUCACAAUCUCAGAUGAAUGCAUUUUUUUCCAUAGAUGACCAAAUAUUUUCAGUAGAGAUUUUAAAUGGUAUAUUUAAAUUAUGGUGAUUAUUCAGAAGCAUUUUUAUUUAGAAAGGAGCUGGUUUACUAGUAUGCUGAUAACAUUUUUGACAUUCACAUUUCAUACCACUAUUACAGUAAUCAUACUUGAAUUAUUUGGUACUCCUCCACAGGGAUGAAAAUUUAAACUAACGUAGGUCUUUAAAAACCAUUAAAUAUCAAGUAAAAUGGUGUGUUAAUUCUGACUUAAUUGGUUUAAAAAAAUGUUAUAGAUACAGGAUAAAUUUGUAUAGAAUAAGCCUAUUACAGAGGAAAUAGAAAAUUCUUUUAAAAUUUUCCCCUUUUUUUCUGAAUUUUAAUAUCAAAGGCAAAAUGUAGAAAAUAGGACAGCCUACAGUAUCUUGGAAGUUGCUACCAGCUAUGUUGACCACUUCCAAGUCUCCUAGCUUGUGUAGUAAAGGGAAAGGCUAUUUGUACAAGCUUGGCUUUAAGUUUCUCUUAUAUUCUGUUCAAGACAGUGCAUGUUCCUUAAAGGCUAAUCCUAGAUUUUUCCUAACAAGUUGUUUUCAGGAAUGGCUAAAGAUGUACAGAAAAUAAUAAAUCUCUUCUUACACAGAAUAACUUGUUGAUAGAUGAAGACUCAGAUAUUUUAAUUUACUACUUUGAGCACUGGUGAUGGCCAAAUACCUCCUGAGUCUUAAAAGCAAAAUAAUUGAUCACUUCCCAAAUAUAUAAAAAUUGUAGUGCCUUUAUUGUUGGGAUGGUUCUUAAAGUUGUAUAUCUAAUUAAGGCACAGAAUUGUUUCUAAGGUCUUGAAUCUGGCUAAAAUAUUGAAAUUAUAAGGCAUAACUGGCCUCUCUCUACAGUUAGAAUCUAUUAGGCCUUCCUUUUGCAUUUUUAUAACAGAAUUUAACAGUACUUGGUGCCUUCAAGGGUUACUUCUUCAGUGGCUAAAAAGUACUAUUUCAAGCACAAUUAAGACUAGGGUUGAACCACUCAUUGCUCAAAUCAAGAAGCACUCAGAUAUUGUAAAAUAACAGUACAGCAGUCCACAAGCAACAGCAAGAGAUCAACAGGAAAUGGAAUUAGACUUUUUAGAAUAUAAUGAUGCAUGUUGGUGGUAUUGUUAAGUAAAACAAGAGCAGUCUGAAAUUAAAGCAAAAAUUAAGCCAUCUCAUUUUUCCAUCAAGUAAGUUUGGCUGUGACCUUUGAACUCUAAAAAAUCAUUUUUUCUUCUUCUUGCAGUUGAAAAAACAUAAAUCAGGUAGUAAUAAAUGGUUAUUUUACCUUCUGGCCAAGGCCUCAGUGGCUACUGACCUUAGUUGCAGAUUUAAAAAAUCUUAUCAGGUCCACAAUUACAGAAAUUAACUUACAUAUUACUACUACUCACUCUUGAACAGAAAUUCUGUUUAGUGGCAUCAAUCAACUUAAGUGAAUUACCCAUGAAUGCAAUGAAUCACUGUAAAGCUGCAGUGGGAAUUUAAUCUUAUCUUUUGAUUGCGAACAACCCAGGAAUUAGAGAUUCAUGUGUAAAAACAUUAAUCCUAUAUAUUCAGCCUAUGAAGUUGCUUUUACUAAAUGGAACAUUUUGAGUUGGCCCUUUUUCUCCCCAUUCACUUUCAUUUGGCUGUGUUUAUUAUUAUUUUAUUAUUAUUAUUAUACCAUGUGUAAGAUGGCAUUGGGCCAUCUUCGAGCCCUUUGGACCACAUUUUUUUAAAAAAAUAAUUUUAUUGAUUUCAGAGGGAAAGGGAGAGGGAGAGAGAAAUAGAAAUAUCAGUGAUGAGAGAAUCAUUGAUCGGCUGCCUCCUGCAUGCCCCCCACUGGGGAUCAAGCCUGCAACCCAGGCAUAUGCCCUUGACGGGAAUUGAACCUGGAACCCUUCAGUUCACAGGCCGAUGGCUAUAUCCACUGAGCAAAACCAGCUGUGGCUGGACCACAUUUUAAUGAAAACAUUUUAUUUGUUAAAUUAGGGAAGGUCAGAUUAAGGAAUCAUGGUUUUGGCUUAAUGUUUCCAAAUGCAUGGAUAACAUUCACCCACCAUCCCUUCCCUUCCAUAGAACAAUGUACUCAAGUUUGAAAAGAGGUCAUGAGCAGCUGGGAAAAAAUUUUUUUGUUGAAAACCUAUCCCUCUGCUGCCCUCUAAUGGUAUGUUUACGUUCUUUGGUUAUUGUGCAACUUUUAUCUUGGGAUAAACAGUAUUAUUAAAACUAACGGUAUAAGUUAAAGGCACUGUCACAUUGUCAGUGAUGUGGGCAGUUUUAUCUGCAUGUUACUUAUUUGGGACUUUGUGGUUAGAGCUUCAGGGUAGUAGCUUAAGACAGAUUAUAGAAAGAUUUGCAAACUUACGGUUUCCCUCUCAAAUCCAUGUAGCAGUUUGAAAUGACUGUGUGGAUAUUGGAUAUUUAAUCUUUACCAUUUGUGCCAAAUGUGUUGGCACAUUUUAAAUUUUUAUUGUUAACUCAUGAAUUGAUUAUUUUAGGAAUAAUGCAAAUCCAACCUUUAUCCAGUGAUGAGAAUAGCAGUAUGAUGGGAACAUUUGCUGAAUAUGCUUUAAAUGAGUAAUUAUCUUUUUUUAGUAUUUCAUAGUCUUUGCAUGACAUGGUAUACUCCUAAUUAUACAUUCUUUGGUUUCCAGAUCUUUUUAAUUUUUUUGUUUUGUUUUAUUCAUCUUAGAGAGAGAGGAAAGAGAAGAGAGAAAAACAUCAGUUUGUUAUUUCACUUAUGCAUUUAUUGAUUGAUUCCUGACCGGUGAUCAAACCGGUGAUGCAACCUUGGCAUAUUGGGAUGAUGCUCUAACCAAGUGAGCUACCCAGCCCAGGCCAGUUUCCAAAUCUUAACCUAAGACAUUCUAUGUUAACUGAUUGGCAGCCUAAGAAAGAGCUUUCUCUGCCUAUUUCUUUCCUCCCCCAAUUUUUUGGGGUAAACUAUGAGAAAAAUCAAUGCUGUUCCUCCUUUCUCUGGAUGAAGCAGAACUCUUUUUGACAGCACAACCUUAUAGCUAGCCAGAAUGUCUAUUAAGAAUAUUUAGAAAAUCAAAACUUACCACAAUCAUUAAAUGGGAAAUUAUAGAUCUAGUUCAUUAAUAGUAUGUGCUCAGUUUGGGACUCACUUUUGGGAAAACAUUGGAUUCUUUUAAGCUUAUUUUAAUCAGCCUAGAAGCAAGAAGCUACUUAGCUAGUGGAAGCUGAACACACUUUCAUAAAAGCAAGAAAUUGAGUGUUUUUUCCCUUUAAAAAUGGGAGGAUGUUAUAUCAAGAUUUAUACUUUCAGAUAAUCUGCAAGAAUAAAAAUUUUAAAUCCCUGACUUUUGUGUAAUUCCCACUAUCAAAUUCUGACUUAAAAAAAAAAAGCUAUCUUUUGCUUGAAUUCUAGUGGAAGAGUUUAACUCCUUUCAAAGGAUAUCAUUGGAAAGUAUAAUGUGUAUACAUUUCAAAGGCUCUCAGUUAUCUGGACUGGAGGCACUGUUCUCACUGUGGCCAGAUAAAUGGCAGUGUUCUGUACGUGAAUCAUGCUAUAUUUUAAACCAGGACAUCACUUAGAUAUUAAUCUUGUGUGUAAAGAUUUUUGUUUUUGGAAUUUCUUUUUUGCCUAAAUAAAUGUUAUAAAUUUUA